GAUAUCUUCCUCGCCCCACCCUACAUCGGCCGGCGGAGCACCAAGCCCAAGAUAGGCGACAAUGGAAUAUGCGUUGCAUUGGUCAGUACUCUGAGGUCCACAUUGCUUCGUGGCAAUUAAGAAUAAUGCGCGCUUGGUGCGCUUAGAUCAAGGAAGAAGACUCUGGUCGGUCCAAUCAGUUGGAGCUCCGAGGGCGUGUCGAUUAAAAUAAAAAGACAAUCGUUCCCUCCACCCAUGCUGGGGCAUCGAACUACGCCAGCUACGAUCCACUCCAAAUCGGUGCAGAAUCGGCGGUGGACAUAACCGGGAAGAGGCAGCGGCACGUAACGAGGCUCAUUCAGCGACGGUGAUUUCACGGUAGCGAGCACACGUACGCAUCGUUAAUAAUCAACGUGUAUACGCGUGUGCGUGCACGUCUCGCGUGUGUACUUGCGAUAAUUUAGCUACGUAACAUCGUCCGUUGUAUAUCGGUGGGGCGCAUCGUCAUUCGUCGAAGCACAUGCCUUGUUAACGCUGACUAAAGUCAGAUAGUUGUGCACCGAGCGAGAGGAUUACCAGGAGCAUUGCCGAGUCGCGCCAGUGAGAUAUUGGUGAAGAAAGACAGGAGAAAAGAGAAGAGUUGCUAAGGAAACAAGCCGGAAGGAGUCAUGUCCGAUUUGGACGACGAGACCGACACUUCUUGUGGGGAGGAGCAAAUUGUCUCGGAUUGGGAAGUCCGGAAGGAGUGGCUCGAAAGUAUAUUAUCGAAGUACCACAAGGGCAAAGCGGUCAAAGUCUUGGAGUUUAAAGUAAAUUCUGGAUGCACGACGAGCGAAAGUGUGCUGAGCGCUAUCACCAGCGUUACAGUAAAAUAUUUAGCAGCACUUACGAGUAUAACGAACAAGCCGAUUGAUAAAUGCAGAGCGGACCUUAUCAUAAAGCAAUUGCCCAAGGAUCCGUUUAGCCGCUUUUUUGUUACUGAAGGCCAAUUCGAUCUCCGAGAGAUUAAGUUUUAUACACAGGUGAUGCCAGAUUUGAAGGAAUUCAAAGAAAGACAACUAGCGAUUGAUAAAUGUGAAAGCAAUAUUAUAUUACCAGUUCCGACGUGCUUUCAUGCUCAUUAUAGCCCUGCAGGUGGAACGGAUGAUAGUCCGGUGCCACCUGAAUCAAUGCUAGUAUUGAGCGACUUAAGCGACAAUUAUGAUAGCGUUAAAUUCUCGGAAGGAUUAACAUUAGAUCAAGCAAUGGCAGCAUUAGACGCCAUCGCUCGGAUACAUGCCCAUUCUCUGUCGAUGAAAGUCGUAGACGGACAAUCUCUAUCCGAGCGUUAUCCAUUUCUAUUCCAAACCGCAAAAGCAACAGAUUCGUACCAGCAAUUGGUAGAACGCGGUUUACCGCAGCUGGCGCACUUCCUGGAGAGUAGACCAGGAUUGGAGACGGUUCUUGAGACUCUGCUAGUUCUACGACCUCGCACUAAAGAUAUUAUUUCGGCUCUCCUCGCUCCGGAGGGUCCGUUGGCAUUAAUAACCCACACCGAUUUUUGGAGCAAUAAUUUACUUUUCAGGAAAGGUAGACCCACAGAGUGUUUCAUUCUUGAUUGGCAGAUGGUCACUUAUAGUCGACCGACGAACGAUAUCGCAUUGUUAUUGGUGAGUUCAGUGCCUACCGAGUUGCGGCGCAAGCACACUAAAACGCUUUUGGACAAGUAUUGGGAUAAACUGAAUUGGACGUGCUUACAUCUUGGCCUAAAUAUCGUCAAGGAUUUAGGUUACACCAGAAAGGAUCUCGACAAGGACUAUAGAAAGUCUCAACUACUGGCACUUUUACUUUGCAUAGGAUCGGUGGACGUCGCACUCGGUGAUCCCCUCACGGAGCAACGACUGAUUGACGUCCUCGAAGAUCUAUAUAAUGAUGGUGUACUAACGGACGAAGCUAUUAUCACGACAAACGAAGCCGAUUCUUAAUCAUCGCUGUCACGGUAGCGUAUACACUGAAGAAUUAAUAUUUCUGUCAGGGGGCUGACUCUAAACAAAAAAUUUCAUGUGAAGCAAUAGAUAGCCCGUUUGUAGUUUAAAGGCGUGAUCUUUGUGUUUUAAACCUAAAAGAAGCUUAAGCCAGCAGUAACAUGAAUGCCGGCACCGAAGAAGACAAUUGCAAAGAAACAUUCACAUCGGAAAAAUAUAGACAUUAAAAACUACUCGAUUUUGUCUGUUUCCGACAAGAUUUACUAAUUGUAAGACAAACGGGACAAGAUGAGUCAAGAUUGAUAUGCUUAAAGGGUACGAUAGAUGUCUCAGUUAUAUAUUAAUGUAAGCUUUGACAACCUAUCAGCUAUUAUACUCCUUAAAAGUUAUAAUAUUUUAAUGACUAUUCACGCAAGACUCGCUUACAAUUUGAUGAAAGUCUCAAAAGUAAGAUAAAAUCGAAAGCAAAUUUUCUGGGAGAAACUACGUAAAAAAUUGAUUUGUUAUUAGAUGUAGGUUUCUCUAAUGUUCAAUUCAGUUUUUGCUCAGAUAUAAAUGUCUUUAAUGUGCUGUGCCAAGUCGUUAAAGAUAUAUGCAAGUAGUUGUGAUACAAUUAUUAAGACGGAAUCAACUAGGUCCGUGUUUAAUGAUAGGACAUAUAUCAAAGUUAUAGAGUAUUUUCGAGAUAUACAUAUAAAACAUGAAACAAUUACGUUCCAUUUGCCCGUAUACGUCCCGUGAUAAACUUCUUCCGAUAAUUAUUCCAGCGAACGCGCUGUUUUGUUAAUGCUAUAAUAUACAAUUAUUGUACUAUCCAUUUUCUCUGUAUAAACUGUAUGGAUAAAAUAUACUUCGAUGUUAUUACGAAUAGCAAACAAAGUUCCUAUUGCAAUUGAUACAGAUACACGUUUCUUUUUUUUUUCUUUCGGUCAUAAACAGAAUUCACACG